AUGGCUUCAGAACAAGUUAGAGCUCCAGGUAGCAAACCUGGAGAGAAUAUGUUGUGGGGUGGUCGAUUUACUGGUGGUCUUGAUCCUCUCAUGGUUUCUUAUAACGAAUCAAUCUACUACGAUCGUGCAUUCCACACUCAAGAUAUUCGGGGUAGUAUUGCUUGGGCUCGUGCAAACCACAAGAAUGGCAUCUUGACUGAAGCUGAAUUCGCAGCAAUUGAGUCCGGGUUGAAGCAGGUCGAGGAAGAAUGGGUCGCUGGCACAUUCAAGAUCAUUCCUGGUGUGGACGAGGAUAUUCAUACUGCAAAUGAGAGAAGACUGGGCGAAAUUAUUGGCAAAGAGAUUGGAGGGAAAUUACACACUGGAAGAAGUCGAAAUGAGCAAGUUGCAACAGAUAUGCGAUUGUGGCUUAGGGAUGAGCUCAAAAAGAUUGAGAGCUUCUUAGUCGAUUACUUGAAGGUUGUGGCUGCCAGGUCAGAGAACGAGAUUGAGCAUAUCAUGCCAGGAUAUACUCACUUGCAACGUGCUCAACCCAUCAGAUGGAGUCACUGGAUGUUGUCAUACGGUUUGGCUUUUGCAACUGAUCUCCAAAGAUUGCGAGAAGUUAUCAAGCGAGUCAAUCGAUCGCCAUUAGGAUGUGGUGCUUUGGCUGGUAACCCUUUCAAUAUCGACCGUGAGGCAAUGGCCGAGGAGCUUGGUUUCGAAGGUCUUUUGUGGAAUUCUAUGUCCGCUGUUGGCGAUCGUGAUUUUGUCGUUGAGACGAUGCAAUGGGGUGCCACUCUUAUGUCACAUUUAUCAAGAUGGGCUGAGGAUCUUAUCAUCUAUGGUACCGGUGAAUUUAGCUUCGUUCGUCUGGCUGAUGCCUACUCCACAGGAUCAUCUCUGAUGCCACAAAAGAAAAACAGUGACAGUUUGGAAUUAUUGAGGGGUAAAUCUGGCAGAGCGUUCGGUCAAAUGGCAGGUUUGAUGAUGACAAUCAAGGGUCUUCCAAGUACUUACAACAAGGAUCUCCAAGAGAGUGUAGAGCCAAUGUUGGAUCACAUCAAGACAGUUGGAGACAGUAUCCAGAUCGCGACCGGUGUUCUCAGCACGUUGACUAUCAAUCCAGAGAAGAUGAAGGCCUCGCUAGACCCAUUCAUGCUCGUAAGUCAAUUCAAAGAUACAACUUGGGGAAAUGCUCUCGAGCCUAGUGCCACCGACUUAGCAGAUUAUUUAGUACGGGCAGGCGUACCAUUCCGAGAGACUCACCAUAUCUCUGGACAAGUCGUCGCAUAUUCUGAGAAGACUAAGAUUCCAAUGGAUCAAUUGACAUAUGAUCAAUUGAAAAGCAUUGAUAGCCGUUUCAAGGAGGAUGUUUCCGAAUGCUUUGACUAUGAGAAGAGUGUAGAAGCACGCCAAGCGGCUGGCGGAACCAGCAAGUCAAGCGUUGAGGAGCAAAUCAAGGUUCUGAAAAGCAUUCUUGGUUAA